CCCACUUCCGGAUUGGAUCAUUUCCGGUAAGGAAGUUGUUCGUUCCAAACAAAUGCUAGCUCGUAGUUGAAUUUUUCCUGCAACUUUAAAUGACAGUUACAUUAAUUGAGCCAUAGAAGUGUGGUGUCUGUCAUCUAGCCAAACUAGUUCCUGAGAUCAUCAUCUCCACCUCCUCAGUAAACCUCUGUAUCCAUGGAGACACCAGAGCCUGGUCCAGCCGAUGGAGAGGAGCGUCUGGUGGAGCUGCGGCCUCGCACACGCUCCAACCCUGAAGGUGCUGAGGAUCGUCGCAGUAGCACAGGGAGCCUGGGAGGCAACAGUAACCCAAACAUAUCUCAGCCUGCAGUGGGCAGUCGUGUAGAGGGCGAGGGCGAGGCUUCGACCAGUGACAGUCCUCCGAGCUCCACCACCACAACUGUGUCGACAGCUGCAGCUCAAACUGUAGUUCCCGUUGCAGCUGCAGUACCGGUUACAGUCAGUGGUGCAGUGUCUUUGUCUGCUGCAGCCGUUGCAGCCAAAGAGAGGCCAAAGCCCACACAGCAGCAGCCCCCCACACUCACUACCUCCAUCCCGCCACCAGCAGAGUACCAACUGCGAGUCCCCCGUGUCAACUGCCCUGAGAAAGUGAUUAUCUGCUUAGACCUUUCUGAAGAGAUGUCUUUGCCAAAGUUGGAGUCUUUUAAUGGGACUAAAACCAACGCCCUGAACAUAUCUCAGAAGAUGAUUGAGAUGUUUGUCAGAACUAAACACAAGAUUGACAAACGGCAUGAGUUUGCGCUGGUUGUAGUUAACGAUGAUGCCCUUUGGCUGUCAGGCUUCACAUCUGACCCCAGGGAGCUGUGCAGCUGUCUGUAUGAUCUGGAGACCAAUGUGUGCGAGUCCUUUAACCUGGAAGAUCUUCUGAAUGUAAUUCGUCAGAAGAUUGAACUUCCGUUGAUGGAGAAUGUUCAGACCAUUCCACCCCCUUAUGUGGUGCGGACCGUGCUCAUCUACAGCCGACAUGCAGGGCAGCUUCAGUUCAACUCCUCCGAGGCCGUUAGUAAAAUGCUGCAGUCUCCAUAUUUUUUCUUUGAUGUGGUUUAUCUGCACAAUGGGAUGGACGAGCAGGGUGAUGAGACGAGUUGGAGGGACAACUAUACCUCUUUCUGUAACCUGGACUCCAAGGGCAUGUGCUAUCGCUUUGAGGUUGCCUUGAGUGGACCUGCCAUUGAGCUUCACAACUGCAUGGCCAAACUUCUGGCUCACCCAUUACAGAGACCUUUCCAGAGUAAUGCGUCUUACAGCCUGCUGGAAGGGGAGGACCCACAGGACAUUGAAGCAACGGUCUAAAACAGACACACUUAUAAAGCACUGCCUCUCUGUGAAAUUUACAAACUCUAGUUUAUCAGAAAAAGACACAUUUUCAACUUCAACUUCAACACAAGUUCAACUUAUUAUUUGCGUGUGUGUUUUUUUUCUCCAUUUACUGCGACAGAGCAAACAUUAUUGAGAAUACCUUGGAAAAUCAUCAAGUUACUAACACAAUCAUUGUGUUUUAGCAUAAACAAUGAAUGACUCAUUUAUUGUUCUGAGCUGUGAAAUAAAUGAAUCUGAUUGUUAGUGGUUAAGUCAGACGUUGCUGGGUGUCUCCUGCGGAGGGAGAGAUGGCGUGGCAUCGUCAGACUGUCUGGAAACAGGGCACUACUAGAAAAUUAAAUUAAAUAAGAAUUAAAAAAUAAAUAUGAUGGCUAAUUUAUCAGUUUUCUCAAACAUGCUACCUUGUUUUUUUUUCUUACAAAACUAUCCCACUGAUUUUUAUGUGAUCCUCCAAAAGGGAAAAAUCACUCAACGCCUGGGACAGUUUUCCACAGCAGUCUUUUGGGACUUUGAAGUAGUGUGCUGUAACAAGAUGUACUGUAUUAUGAAGGUGAAACUUCAUUUCGAUUUCCUUCCUCAUUUAGUUUGUAAUUUUCCACCCUUGUUAUUUUAAAUACUUCUUUUAUUUUGAUGUAGCUGAUUUUAAUUAUUUAACUAUGUUUGACAGACAGUGAAAGAAUGUACAGUAAUAUAGAUGUGGCCUCAUUUGAUUUAAAUAUGUUGCGUUACAAUGAUGAUGAGAUGAUGUCUGUGGCACUGGGUGUUAUUUUGGAUAAGGCCUCUUGUACAGCCAGUCUAGCUGCACUUAUCUCUAAGUAUGGACUAUCAUUUUGAAGCUUCUGGUGAUUAAAAAAACAUAUUUAAUCAUA